CUGUGCCGGGGAUGUUGCUGGGGGAACGUCUCCUUAGGGGUUCCCUCUAGCCAGGGUCUUACCCGCGCGAUGUCCGGGGAUCCGAACAGGCUAUUAGUUCUUGGGCUCCGCCUCUACACUUGCAGGUAUUUUCAGAUCCCGAUCUCCUGCCAGGGAAGCCACGGCACAGUCACGUCUGCGGGGCGGUAGCGGUCUCCUCUUCCUGCAUCACCAGGCUCCGCCCGGCCUCCGAGUCGGAAGUAAUGUUCCUGCGUGCCCUGCAGGUGGGUGGAAACAACCUCUUACACAGUUUUAGACGUUGGCUUGCAGAAGAUGCACUUUCAGUACUUUUCUAAAGCAGGAAGUCAUUAUAUGACUAACACAUUUUCAUCAGAUUUCCUCUAAUUUACCCUGAAGUAUAUGUGAGAAUGAUGUGCACUGCCAAAAAAUGUGGAAUUAGGUUCCAGCCUCCAGCUAUUAUCUUAAUCUAUGAGAAUGAAACCAAGGAGAAAAGUCGCCAGCGCAUCAUGCCUGUCCGCAACUUUUCAAAGUAUUCAGAUUGCAACAUAGCUGCAGAACAAUUAAAGAAUAACCCUCGGCACAAGAGUUACCUGGAACAAGUAUCUCUCCAGCAGCUAGAGAAGUUAUUUAGCUUUUUACGAGGUUACUUACGGGGGCAGAGUUUGGCAGAAACAAUGGAACAAAUUCGUCGGGAAACAACCAUCGAUCCUGAGGAAGACAUGAACAAACUAGAUGACAAAGAACUUGCCAAAAGGAAGAGCAUCAUGGAUGAAAUUUUUGAGAAAAAUCAGAAGAAGAAAGAUGACCCUAAUUUUGUUUAUGACAUAGAAGUUGAGUUCCCACAGGAUGAACAACUUCAGUCCUGUGGCUGGGACACAGAAUCAGCUGAUGAGUUCUGAUAUAAACCUCAAAGAAUUUGUUAGGUUAACAGAAAAUUCUUUAAAUAAAGAAUGUAGAUUGUUUCUUAAAAAAAAGCUGUGAUAAAAACUAAUAUGUAUGUUUUGGUCAUAGUUGGAUUGCCCAUGUUACUUUUCCAAACCAGGGCUUUAGAACAUCUACUAUGUAGGUGCAUGAGGAAUAGAGGAAAACAGAAAUAUAGUGAUCUGCCUUUAAAGAGUUAUAAUCUACCUGAAAGAUAACCAAAAAAAAUUUUGAAAAGUUAAUUACAGUAUUAGGCCAUCAAACAUUAGGACCAAGUGUUUGAUGAAGACUAGAGUCAGCGUCUAGGCUGCUGUCGGGUAGAAAAGUCAAAGAAAUUGUCCUUUAGAAAAGUGGGACUUUGCCUGUAUUGGAUAGAAAUCAUUUUAGGAAAAAGAAAGAGGGCGGGAGGUGUAAGGAGAAUUAAUGAAGAGAUGGGAAAAGGUUUCUAUUUAAAAAACAGUAAGCAAAUUAUAAUUUGGCAAAAUGGUAACCAGGGAUUACCCUAUUUGUAUUAUGUCUUUAUAUGUAUUUACUCUGUUUUAAAUGUGUUUAAUUCUGAAGUAGAAGAAUGCUCUUGCAGAGUGUUCUGGACACUCUGGAGCUGCAAAUGAAUAUCAUUUGAUGGACAGCAGGGAAAUUCUACCUCUCUGGUAUAAGGAAAUAUAUAAUAAAGACAUUCUGAAACCCUAACCCUAUGUAUAAGAAGUUUAUUUAUAAAAUAGGAAAUGUACCCAUAAUAAAUGAACAAUAAGUACUGCCAGUUUAGGCCUAUUUAUGAGUUUAGAUCUACAAAGAGAAGGUUGUUGUUGAACAAAGUAGUGUGUUUAUAGAUGUUUUCUAAAAGAAAAUAAAUGCUGAUUAAAUGAAACUGCAA